AUGAUCCCUAACCAUAUUUUGAUAUUAGGAUCCCCUAAUAGUGGGAAAUUGAGAGUAUCUAAGUUAAUCAGUAAUGAUAAAGACUUUCCAGAGAUUAAAGAAAACGAAUCUCACAGUGGAAUCAUAAUCAAGACUUCUUUAAGUACCAAGUAUUAUCAUAUUAAAUUAAAUAUACUAAUAGACGAAUACCCUGAAGAACGGAACAAGUCAGUCACCGAUGAAGAGAAACUAUUGGAGUUAGAAAAAUGGUUUAAUGAAUUCAAAUCUGAAGAAUUUGGUGAAUUAAGAGAAGUAUUAGACGGGUUGGUGUUCACGGUGAAUAUGAAAGCAGAUUCCCUUGAGUUUAUUGAGAAGGCGCUUGAAACUGUGUCGGAAAUCAGAACGUCACUAGGAGAUGAGGAGUCUCAGUGGGAUGGUUUUAUAUCAAUUAUCGGAUCAACUACACAAGGUGAACUGGUUGAUGAUGACACAGUUGAAGAAAUUGAAGAUUUAGUAAUCACCCAUGGAUUUGAGUUUAUAAAUUUGAACACUCAAGGGAUUAAUGAAUUUAAAGAGAAACAAGGAAAGGAUAGAGUUGUGGAAUUAAUAGAAAGUCAUGAGUGGACAAACAUGGAAUUGUUGAAGGUGAAUCCUGAUCAAUAUGAGAAAAACAAAAUGAAUAAAGUUGAACAGAUGAAACAGAACUUAUUGGAAGAGAAAGAAUCUAUGGAUCUAGAUGUUGUGUUUAGUAAGUUAUCUGUUGCAAAGGAACGAGCAGAGGAUAUGACACAAGAGCAAAAAGAAAAGUAUGCUAAUGAAAUUAUUGAAGAAAUUAUAGACUUUAUAUAA